ACCCCAAGGCAAGACGCUUAAAAAUAAGCUCAUCCCAUCUGGAAUAGUGUUGGGAUUGUAAAAGCUUAUAUCGGGAAAACGUAGCAAAACACCAAAGCAACCUAACGCAACCUCAUCAGGCUCGUGCAAAAGCGACCGUGUGGCGAAAAGAGUCGCGCGGCAACCUAAAUAAUUGAUCGCGCGGAACGUGGGACAUUUCAGAUGGGAUCUCUCCAUGUGAUUCAGUGAGUGCAGCUGCAGUUCUCCUCACAGACACACUCACACUGCCUUUCUGCCACUGCCAGAGAAACAAGGACGUCCUUCUUUUGCCUAGAAACCGGAGAUGUUAGGAACGAGCUGUUAAAGCCUAGCUGUGUCAUUGUCGCUCAACUUUCAUUUCUGGAGAGUUAAUCAGCUUCUGGAGACAUUUGAAAUCGCCGUAAAGAUCUGGCGACAAAGGACUACCUGAAAAGCUUAACCUGAAUGUAAUAUUUGGUUGAAGAAGGCAGGAAUAAAAAGCCAUCAUCAUGGAUUUUGUAAUGAAGCAAGCGUUGGGAGGGGCGACCAAAGAUAUGGGGAAAAUGCUGGGCGGCGAGGAGGAGAAGGACCCUGAUGCAGAGAGGAAGGAGGAAGAAAGACAAGAAGCCCUCAGGCAACAGGAGGAAGAGAGAAAGGCGAAGUACGCAAAAAUGGAGGCGGAGAGGGAAUCGAUUCGACAGGGCAUCAGGGACAAGUAUGGCAUAAAGAAGAAGGAAGAGAAAGAGGCAGAGGCACAGGCAGCCAUGGAGCAGGCGUCCGAAGGCAGUUUGACCCGUCCUAAGAAAGCAAUCCCUGCUGGCUGUGGCAAUGAAGAAGAGGAAGAAGAGAGCAUCAUGGAUACAGUCAUGAAGUUCCUCCCAGGCCCACUUCAGGAUAUGUUCAAUAAAAAGUAACAGUGUUUCACGACAAGUCAGAAUCAUUAAGGUCAAGAAUUCCACCACCUUUCUCCCUUUCCCCUCUGUCAUAUUUGUUCUAAGAUCUCUGGACUCGAUCUGCGUGCCAUAAUAUCUGUCUUUUACUGAGGGGUCGAAAUAUAUGUGACAUUUGUUAUUAAAAUUACGAAGAAAAAUGUGUGCACUAGAAAUGUUGCAUAUAAAUGCUUGCAUUGUUUCUCUGUUUAAAGGCAAAUUAAAGCCCCAUCAGUCCAGACCUUAGAGCAAAAAUAUUCCCAUGCAUCAUUAAUUUUGUUUGUAAAUAGCAAAUGAAAAAAUAACUGUAUAUGAAUACAGAUAUCUAUCUAUCUAUCUAUCUAUCUAUCUAUCUAUAUAUAUAUAUAUAUAUAUAUAUAUAUAUAUAUAUAUAUAUAUAUAUAUAUAUAUAUAUAGAUAGAUAUAUAUAUAUAAAAUACAAUGACUAAGAGUAAAAGCCAUAAUUUUAUCUUGGAGGGAUUUCUCCAGAUCAUAUCAUAUGUUUAAUUGUUGCUCUGUUAUAUAUAUUAUUGAUGUAUCCAUGCGGUAUACCUAUAGAUAUAUACUGUAUACAGAUUAAUUUGCCAUCUAUUUUUUAAACUACUGAAGUAAACAUUUCCAGCCAUCGUGAAUUGUAACAUUUGACUGUACCCAAUUAGUCUGACUGAAAACUGUAAUAUGGAAGAAAGCGUAAACUAUCAUCACACAAUAUUGUUUUAUAUUUCCUCUACGCAUGCUUUUGUUUAUAGGAACACUGUAUCUAAUUUCUUUAGCCAUUUUAGGUUGAAUACAUUGAAAUUUAAGGCAAUAACUCUGGUUUUGGAUUUUGUCAUCUGACAGACACCAGUGUUUUGUAUAGUUGUACAGUAUGUCCCUCAUUAUAUUUUAAUGUACAUCCGCACCACACUUGAGUAAACUAGAGUGACUGAAUAAUAUGGAAUCAUAAACGUUAGCUAGUUGCAAUGAGUGAGACAUUAGAGCUAGAUGUUCACUUGAAUUGACUUAACUGUAUUUAAAAAGUAGACUACUUAAAGAAAUAGCUCACCAAAAACGAAAGAAACUCUGUCAUGUCUUUGAAAGAAAUCUGUAUUUCUUUCUUCAGUGGAACACAAAAGGAGUUACUAUCCACAAAAGAAAGAAAGAAAGUCAUAUGGUUUGGAAAAACAUAAGGGUGAGUGAUUGACUUGAGUUUUCAUUUUUGAGUGAAUUAUCCAUUUAAGAAUGUGAGAGGGUGACAUUGAUCACAUAAACCUACAAUUGGAUCAAUAGGGCUAUAUAUAUAUAUAUAUAUAUAUAAAUAUAUAACCUCUUCAUCACUGCUGUACAGUAAAUCUAGUUAUUUAGCAUCUACAUUUACGUUCGCACUCACAACAUGGUUGUGAGCACACAUUAAGUGAUCAGACAGUGACAAUGGUGCAAUAUUUGUUUCUGAAUGAAGAUGUCCUGUGUCCGUUGGUUGUAUAUGGGACUCGGAUCCCAGAUCAGCAAUAACAGACAAUCUUCAUGAUUAUGUAUUCAGCUUAUUUGCUAGAGAAUGUUUAUGUGCAAAUGCUGUGUUGUCUUCCUAGUAUCAGUCCAACAAAACACUACUGAAGAGUUUAGUAAAAAAAUAAAAAUAAAACAUUGAGGAGAAAUGUAUUUACUGUAUGGUGGGAGCAGGUCACUGCCUCUAAAUGGAGACUGGCACUUAUUUUUAGGCUGUGAUAUGAUGUGGCUUUGCUACGUAGUGGUCUCACCAGGGCCAGAUCAUGGCCCUAUGAGGCCCCUGGCAGUGUGAGAUCCUUGGGCACUGGCCCCACUGGCCCGGUCCACCUGUGUUUUUAUGCUUGCUUGUUGCUACUUUAUGUAUGAUGUUAUUUCUUGUUGUUGUAACUGCAUAGGUAUGAAGGAAAACAUCUGUUCUGAUUUCCUCAAUAAUGAGAAAAUCAGAUUUGAAAAAGUUUAUUCAGACUGUAUUAUCCACCCUCUUUUAUAAAAACAAAAAUGUUAAGCUACGCAGUGUUUUAAUAGAGUGUGUUUGUAUACCCGUGGUCCCGUCCACAAUUAUGUCCAGCAAGGUGAAAUUAACCACAAAUCUCAACUCUGUUUGCACAGGUCACAAGUCAGCACUUGUUCAGCAAAAUCUGUUAGUUGAAGAUCAUUGUGUAUGUGUAAAUUUACAAACUACAACAAUAUUCAAGAUUUAGAAAAAUACAAUGGUAACACUUUACAUUAAUAUUCCCUUUGAGGAAUCAUAAAGGGGUUCAUUAAUGACUAAUAAUUCAUUUUCAAAUGCAUUAUAAAUCAUUUAUAUACAGUUAUAAGAAGGUUAUAAGGUGAUUUGCAUGCAAUACUUGCCAAAUAGUGAGCCAUUUUGCCUCAUAUGUUAAAAAUGCUUAACACUUUUUAACAUUAGUAACCUAUGAAAAUGUAAUGUAAAGUGGACACCUAAGAAACGUUUAUAAAGGAGUUGCAAAAAAAAAAAAAAAAAACUAUGAUAAUAGUUCAGUAUGGUUUAAUAGUCAUCAGGCUUUAAUACAUGAUGCUGUGAAUGAAAAAAAAAGUGUUUUUGUAGAGAACUUUAAGUAAAGCACUGGGUAAAAUCAUUCUUUUGAUAACGUAACUAAUAUAAACACAAAGCGGACUGUCGCAAAAUAACAUAAUAUAGUCUAUUUUUGCUACAUUGUGAUACAAAUCAUGAAUUGGGGCAUUUUAUGUUUUUGAUUAAUAUAAGUUUGAAUAAGCAUAUUUAUUAAGCAUUUCUAAAAAGUAAGUUAAAAUGCUCACUUUUUAUUGGAUGAAAGUUGCCCUUUUUAAUUUACUUGCUAUAACAGCAUGUCAAUUCUUUAUACUGCAUUUGUAAAUGACGAGUCAUUAUUGAACCCCUUUAUGAAUCAUAAACAAUGGGAACAUUACUGUAAAUUGUUUCUAAUGCAAUUAGGAAAUUGUAUCAGGCUGCUGCUCUAUUGUUUUAAACUUUCCAAAUAUUCCAGACAUUCCAUUUAAUGUAUGAAUAUAUAUAUAUAUAUAUGUGUGUGUGUGUGUGUGUCUCUAGAAAUCAUUUGAUAAGCUGUGACUUUUAGAGUAAAACGGUUUAGUUUAUAAAAGUGUGACGUUUUAGAGCACACUGUCAAAGUGAUGUCCUAGCUAUUUGUCCUGCCACGUACCAAGCAACAAGGAGUUUAAUAGAUUAAAUGUUUAUAUAAAUGAGCUUGCAGAUAAAAAUGUCGUUCACCUACAAUUGAACAAACUAGCCAGAUGUUAAGAUGCUUAAUUAGCAUAAAUUAGCUAUCAAUCAACAUGGAACAGUGUUUUCAGAUUUUACUGCCACUGCACUAUUUCUGUGUUCAAUGUUCAAGGCCUUUAUAUAUUAGAAAAUACAAUGUCAGUUCAGUUGUAGCCUACCACUUUUGGAUAGAUGAGAUUUGGCUAAAAAAAAAAAAAAAUAGCAUAAAGUGAAAUCUUUAGCUUAACAUAUGCAGUCAUCCAUGCAAAUGAGACUGAAAAAUCCACUUAUGGUAGGAACAAUUCUGCCACUGAGACUUAAUGUGUUCUUUACAAUAGAUAGAGACCAUUUUGAGCACAAAUUCUGCAGUUACAUGAUUAUUCUAUGUGAAUACAACUGCCCUUGACGUGACAAAUUUUCAUCGGUAGCACUGAUAAAUAAAUACUGCCCAAAAUCCAUAUGGCCCAUCCUAUCAUCACCUGUGUUUUAUUAAACCAAAGAGUGUUCUUUUUAGUGAGAAUGUUAUUACUGUGUGAACUGUUAUUAUUUUAAUGCUUUCUCUAUUUUCUUUCUUUCUUUUGUAUUAUUUUUAUUUUUUGUUCUUUUAAAGUUAUUGUCUAAAGUGAUGUGAUAUAUGUCUACCAUCUGUGCACUCUGAAACAUCUGGAAGGCAUUUGGCUUUGGGUUUUGUGAAUGCCCUUAAAAAGAUAUUGAUUAUACAAAGAUAUCACACGAUUGGAUGUGAUCGAAUUUUAAAAAACUGUUUCACCUACAUUUUCUUUUAAUUGUAUGUUUAUGUUUUACAUCUGUAAGUGUAAUGGGAAACAUUAUGACACCGUCAUUGUAAUGAAUUAUCAUUGUAACAUUCUAAUAUUUUGUGACCACUUUUAGAACAUCUUUAAAUCAAUUCCUGAUCGACAUUUAACAUGCAUUCACUCAAUGUCUAUCUCUGUCUCUGCUAAUGAAGAUACUGCCUAUCACAGAAGCGUUAUGAAAUAUUUAAUUGCUGUUAUUUGAAUGUAAAUGUCUACUGCAUUGUCCUGUGCGGUUCCCUCUGUUAUAAAGAUAAAUUAUCUUGCUGUAUUUUUCCAUCUGUAAUCUGUUCCUGUCUCCUGGUGGUUGUCCUUUAGGAAAAAUAUGUUUAUUUUUUUAUGCAUUUUUUUUUGUGUCUCUGUAGAUCCUCACACUCUCCAGCCUUUCUAUUUGUGAUGAAUUGUCUGCAUGCAAAUGAUGUGCACUGUAGGUGAGGUUGUAAAUUAUAUUUCUGUGUGUCCUCUGUGUUUUCUGAGUGCUCAACCUGUUGUUAGCCUUACUGCAUGCCCGUUAUAGACAGAUUUUGGACUGUAACAUUCCUGCCAAAUGGAAUCACCACACACGGAUAAUAAAGUGAUUUCAUAU